GACGUAAGGCUGUCCGCAUGGUUGAUCGUCGAUGAUCCAUGAACGGAUGAAGAGAUAGCUCGACCCAAAUCUUCAGAGAGCUUAAGUAUCCUUCCUUUGGAGUAGUUGGAAGCAUCGAUCAUCAUGAAAUCAUCAAAGUGGUUGGAAAUGUCGAUGAUCAUGAGUUCUGGCUUGACUGUUGGCUCUAGAAUGGUGAAUGGGUCGGCUAAGAACGCAUGUGGUUUGGCUGAUUCGGUCAUCAGGUCAUGGAUCCAUCCUUAGGUCACGUCCGGGUGCACGCGGGUCGAUCCGGUACAUAGCUCUGUCCGUUGAUCUGGUACGGCUGAAUGGCUGAACCUCAGUUGGACUGAUCUGAUCGUCUUGGUCACCAUGCUGAGUCUGCUCCACGUCCUGGUCCAGGUCCUGGAUUCUAUCACAAUUAUCCCCGCCCUAUACUGGCGAACUGAAGGAAAACCAAAUCCUAUUAUAUUUCUACCUUGAGAAUGUUUUGCGUUAUUUAAUAUAAAAAUUGUAUUUCGGGGGAAUCAAAACUACAUCCUAUAUAAAGCCUUUAAAUUGACUAAUGGCAAAGAAAUUUCUACAAUUCUACCAAGUUUAGAAUGUAUUUUGAUAAAACUAUGCUAGUUAGAUGCUUUACAUAUUAUUUCAUCUUUUACGUACGUUGUUUAAAGUAAAAAAAGUUCGAAGGUUUUCUUUGCAUACAAAUUUACAAAAAUUAAUGAGAUGAUGGUGCUGUCAAAAUAAAAAUUAUACGUUUCUAAAUUUUAGUUAUCCCAAUUAAUUAGAAGUGCUUGUGGCCUUUGAAUCACUUGGCUAUGUCGUGUAUAUGGCCAUCCUUGUUCUACUCCACACCACAAAAAUCAAAGGCAAAGACAAAAAUAAUUUUCCAGUCGUACUUUUCUAAAAUGAAUAUUGCAUCUUCAUUUCCGUAAUUUUUAAACCAGAGAGAUUCAGCGUGUACUCGAUCAGUCUUUAUCACAGAUACUAAACAAAAACUAAAGAACCUAUCAUAUAUUGAUAGAAAAUUAUAACUAUAAUAUUUCAAUAGAAUAAUAUGAUAGUAUUUCUCUUCUUCUUCUUUUGUGCAACUGAUUGUAUUUCUUUAUUAAUAUAUCUAGCUAUUAUUUUCCUAGUUUUAAUGUUUUAUCAUUUCAAUUACGGAAAAUCACAUUUUAAAUAUUGAAAGUAAUAGCAUUUUUAAUCCUGAAAGUGAUACAUACAAGAAAUAUAAAAUUCAACCAUUUUCACAAACAAUUCUAAUACUCAAACGGAAUUAUAUCAAACCUCAAACGUGCUUCCCGUCAAAAAAAUUGGCAGAACAGUAACUCUGUUAGAUGACGUGGCAUUUUCAAAAGAAAUUAUUAUUAAAAUGAUUUAAAAAAUUAAAUUAUUAUUUAUUAUAUAAUUAAGAAAAUAAAUAAUUUUGGACAAAGUAAAAAAUUAAUAAUUUAGAAAAACUAAAAAAUAUUUCUUUUGAAAAAUAAAAAUAUUUUCUUUUGAAAAAUAAAAAUAUUUUUAAUAUAUUAGAUUUUAAUAAAAAUCUUUUUAUCUCACAAUGUUGUAUUUAAAAUAAAAUAUUUUGUCUUAAGUGUAAUUUUCGAAAAAUAAUUAUUUCUGUUUAACCUUUUCAAACUCCUUUUUAAAAUUAAAUGGUUUACGAAGAGAAAUUUUUAACACUUAUAUUUUAAAUUUUAAUUUUUUUACACUUUUCAUAAUUUUAGUUUUUAUAAUUUAAUGUAUUAAAUUUAUUUUAUAAAUAAUAAAAUUUAGGUUUUAUAAAUGUUUAAUUUUUCUUAAUUUAAUCAAAAUUAUAUAUUUUCUGAAUUAUAUAUUAAAUAAUAAAAUGAUAAUAAUUUUUUAAUAAUAUUUUUAAAUGCCAUGUCAACUAACAAAUUUACUGUUUUGUAAAUACGUGAGGUUUGAUAUGAUAAGAAAAUUAGUUUGAGUGUUAUAAGUUUUAGCAAAAGUUAAGUUUAAACUGCCUGUAUGUAUCAUUUUGAAGGUUAAAAUGUGAUUUUCUCUUUUAACCCAAAAAAAUGUGAUUUUCUCUUUCGAUUACUUAAUUAUGUUUUCACUGUGUACUUGUAUAUGGCUGCAUACUUAUAUUUGAGCACACCUUAAUAAAAAAUAGUCGCCAAACUUAUGUUAAAAUCCGUUUUUAUUGAAUACGUGAAUUCAUAUACGAUGCGGUAUUGAAAAUUCAAAGAGAGAAUAGUCCCCAAACUUUUGUUAAAAUUUAUUUCUUUUAAGGCUAUGAAAAAGUCAAUAGAAAUUUGCGUGUGUUCAUUUAAGGUUACGGAGAUUCUUUUAAACUUGUAUUCCGUGUCUCAUGCAUACAACAAUUGCCGUCUUCUAUGAUAUUUCGGUUGCUUAUGGCUGAUGUUUCAGCCAUUUUGACUUUUCAGUACCGGAAUUUUUUUUUUAACUUGGCAUAAUAUUUUUUUUUUCUAGAGAUGUUUCUGUGUUCACAUACAUUAUGAAAACGAUAACUCGGCGGUCGGAUGUAUAGCUGACAAUAUUCAUGGUUAGUCAGAUACAGGAACUUGUGUUUGAAAACUUUUAAAGGUAAAAAUUAACAGUUUGAAAUUUUGAAGGUAAUACAAAUAUUUACUUUUGAAAUCAUUUUAAUUAUUAGAGGAAUUACAAAAAAUGUUGUUAACAUGUGUAUUUUUUUUUUUUUGAGAAAUACCAUGUGUAUUAUUUCUAGACUGUGAUCACUGAUGUUAAAACAAUGGCUUCGAUUCUGAUUUAACUGCUUGAUGGAUGAUUCACUCAGUCUUUGAAGCAAUGAACUAUAUUUUGGGUUAUCAUCUUAGGAUUCAAAAGGUUUUCUUUGUAGAUAGUUCAUCUUAUUUAUGUAUCUCAAAUAAAACAUGAUGGAGGUUGUCUGCCAGAUAAGUGAUAAAUUGCGUGUGAUCCAAGACCGCGUCACAAGGAUGCUGAUUGUAGUGGGCGAAGAAGUUGAUGGUCAUCAUUGGUUACUAAUUUAUAGAAGUAUGGAAACAGCAGCAUCAUUGCAUAUCUCGAAUCAGCUCUCUACUGAUAAACAAUUGGAGCACCCGUCUUCGAAAGCUUUAACCUUUUACCUAUUUUUGGUUUUAGUAGUUCUAGUGAAUUUCACAACAAGACGUGUGAGAUUUGAAAGUGCGCUAAACAAAAGAUGUUUCUCAUACUAGUUUGAAUAAAUCAACGAAUGUUUUUAACUUUAUAUACUGCAAUCCUUAGGAACCAUAAAAAAAACUACUUGAAUGUAUUGACAAUAGUGGACAACUCACAACUACUAUAGAGAGCUUCAGAUUUACAUACUUUCGGAUAAGACAUCAGCUCAUGCAACUCUUCAACACUUUAUUACUUCACUUAAAAGACAAUUUGAGAAAAAAUAAAAAAAAUCAGAAAUGAUACUGGAAACAAUUCAUUUUUUUUCGUGAGAUUUCUUGUGUUUCGAUCUCCCAACAGAGUGGUCCCAUUAAUAAAAGCAUUGACACAAAUUUCACAUUUCGGGGAAUAUAUAGAGUUCUCUAUUUUUUAGUAGUAUGUAGAAUAUCUCUGAGAAUGUUUUACUCUAAAAUAGAGUAUAAAGGUAAAAAUAGAAUAGUACUGCAGAUGCUCAUAAGUAGUUUUAAUUUUUGAGAUUUUUAGCUGUUAUAGUUGAAAACUGUGAUAAAUAGUAAUAAGAGAAAGCAGUUUAAUGGGUUAAGUGUCACUAUUUUUUUUUGCUAAGAAGGUCAAUAUAAUUUCAAAAAAUGAAGAAUGAUGUUUAGAUAGAGUGAUUCACGAAAUGUAAAACAUACAUAAUUGAUUCCAUGGCAAAAACAAUUAAAAACAUAGAAGUAAUAAAACAAUCGAUACUUUCGUCCAUUCAGCUAUGUAGCGAACAUGAAAUAAGUAACCGAUACAAACUUGAAACACUUAAGUUAGAGAUUUAGCCGGUAGGAAGAACCCCGAAGAACUCACGACCAACAGCAAGCCGAUUCAGCAUAUCACAUGAAGCAGAAGUCCAUUCCUCUGAAGCUUCACUAUUGUGAUCGGUAACUAUGAAGCGGUAAAAGAUAUAUAUACCACAGGUACAGAAUUAGAUCAAAACCCAAUAGGUAUCAUAAUAAUAUGAGAAGAGUAAGAGAACAUAUUCUAUAACUUUUGUAUGGUUCAAAGUAAAUAAACGAGUGUACAAACGUACUUUUACUCGUGUCUUAUACAGUUAUACCUUAUUUUCUUCAUGGAAACUCGUGAUCCUUUCCAUACCCACUUUGGGGUAGGUCUGUCUCAACGGAGAACCACACGACUAUAUUGAUUUAGUCGUGUUCUAUAACUAAGACACUAGAUUUUGACCCGCGCUUAGAAAGCGCGGGUUUAUUUUAUUUUCAUUAUUGAUCCAAAACUGAUUUAAAAACUACUAUUAUUUUCGUUUUAAAUCUUAACAAUUGAAUUUUUUAUGUUUUAAUCUUUUUUUUUCUUCAAAAUGUGAUAUUUCUCGAAAUGAAUUUAAAGAUGAUAUGUGUGACUUAAUAGCAUAUAUAUAUAGUAAUGAUAACUUUAAACUGAAAAUAAGUUUAGCCACAAUAUACAAUAUACAAUAUUUUUAAUGAUAAGUCUAACCAUCAAUAUACAAUAUUUUUAAUCCUUAUUCGAUUUAGAAGCUACUACUAUUUUUGAAAGCAUGAGUGUUUUUAUCUCAACUUUUUAUUAGAAAACAAAUAAUUUAACAGUUUUUUAUUAUAAUGUUUGAGUUUCAAGUACUAUAUUCAUAUCCAACCCAAAUCUGUGGUUGAACCAGUAAAAGUGAAUUUUUUUUAUAAUCUGGUCCGGAUUUAAUGAAAAAAUCAUUUAUUAAAAUCCUAUUGAAAACCUCAAUAAAAACCCAAAAAUUGCUAUUAACCCCGUGAUUUGAUACUAUUUCUAAUUAAAUUUGUCAAAUACUUUGUAAUAUUGCAUAAACUUGUGAUUCUUUAGAUUUUGAUGAAAGUUUAUUAUGUCAACCAAAAAAAAUGAUAAUAUGAUUUUUUUUAAUGAUAUGACAGUAUUAGUUUAUUUUUUAUUAAUAACCUAUUAUAAGUUUGUAUUUUUAUUUUAAAUUUAAAUUUAAUUUUAUGAUAAUUUUUAAAAUAUUCUUACACUCAUAAUUGCUACAUUAAUAUUAUGUAAAAAAAUGACAUAAUAAAUUAUUUUAUGUGAAGGUGUUAUGUAAUAUAAAUUGUUUAUUUGUAUUUAACACUUUGAUAUAAAAGAUAGAAAAUAAAUUAUAGGUUAGAUAAGAAAAUCAGUAUUAUAAAAUAUAUUUUAGUUUUUUAAAAUAAGAUUGGGCCACAAGCUUGUUAGAUUAUGUUAGCGGAUGCAUUAUGGUUGGAUUUUUUGGUUAAAAGGCCUAAUACAAUCGUUCCAAUAAUAUUAGGAUUUAAUUAAAUAGAUUAUUAUGUAUAUUUGUUAUAGUUAGUGAAUAUAGCAUUUUUAAAGGAAGAAGAAUAUCCAACGUUUGCCUAAACGUCCUCGAAAAUAUAGUAUAACUGAUUUUGUUUCUGUUUUGAUUUGAAUGUUAAAUAAGGCAAACAAAUAAUUUAAAAAGAUAGAAAUAAGGGAAUGGCAUAUUCUUGUAAAUAACUUCAAAAUCUAAGGGCAGAAUCCUAGUUAGUGAAUAUAGCAUUUUUAAAGGAAGAAGAAUAUCCAACGUUUGCCUAAACGUCCUCGAAAAUAUAGUAUAACUGAUUUUGUUUCUGUUUUGAUUUGAAUGUUAAAUAAGGCAAACAAAUAAUUUAAAAAGAUAGAAAUAAGGGAAUGGCAUAUUCUUGUAAAUAACUUCAAAAUCUAAGGGCAGAAUCCUAGUAGGGAUUCUGCUUUAAUAGUAUAGAUAGAUAUCGAUAAAGGUUUUUUUAUUUUUUGCUAACAUAUCGAUAAAGUUUAAAACUGAGAAAAGAUAUAUUGACACAAGUUACAGAGAUAUGUGGAGAUACACGUAUAUAAAUAUUAUUUUCAUGAUUUCUUUUGGAAAUUCUUAAUUAUGACAAUUGUUUAAAAAAAAUGACGUGGGGACUAUAACAUAAUUUUAUUUCUUUAAGAAUACUGACUCACUAUGACGCUAUGAUAACAUGGGCAUAUUUAACAAUAUAAGUGAACUCGUUGGAUCUCCAUUUAAUAUUAUUGGGACACUAUGAAUAGACUAUUCUUGUAAAAGAGACGAUGUCAUUCAAACUACUCAUCUCAAACCACAUUUUUCACAUUGUUAUAUUUAAUAUCAAAUAUUCAUACUCUCUUCUCUAUAUAAACACAUCCGAAUUAGUGAGCCAUUUAUUAAUACACAUAAUCUAAAGACCAUCUUGAGAAGAAAAAAAAAAGCGAGAGAGAGAGAGAGACAAUGAAGUUCCCUUACGGUUCUUCUAAUGAUGAUCUCCACGCUUUGGUCAAUCAGAUCAAGAGUGACAUUCAGUUGUCCACCAUUAAUUUUGAUCCUUACUCAUUUGUCUCUCCUUCUGCUUACGAUAUGGCUUGGUUAGCUAUGGUGGAAGAAGACCACAACGUAGAUGAUGAUGAUGAGCUUAAACCUAUGUUCCAAGAUUCUCUAGAUUGGAUUUUGUGUAAUCAAAAUGCCAGAGAGGGUUACUGGGGAAACUCCGGCUGUCCUACUCCAGUGUCUGAAGCCGGAGAAGACAGAGACGACAUGUACACUCUAACUUCCACUCUUGCUUGUGUUCUUGUUCUUCACAAAUGGAACAUUGGGUGUUUUCAUCUCCACAAAGGGAAGAGAUACAUCGAAAGAAGGACGGAGAUGAUAAUUGAGAAAUACAACAACGAAGAGGGAUCUUAUCCUCGUUGGUUCAUUAUCAAAUUCACAGGAAUCCUUGAGCACGCUCAACAACUUGACUUACACUUUGUUUUCUCUAGUCGCUGUAUUCAAAUGAUCAAAGAGGUGUUUUAUCAACGCCAAGAGAUUCUCAAAAGAGAAAAAUUGUUGGAUGAUUGUAACCAUAUACCUCUACUGGCAUAUCUAGAGGUCUUGCCAUCGAUGUUAUAUGUCGAAAACCAUGAAGACAUGAUAGUUAAGAGCCUCGACAAUAUCGAUGGCUCUUUAUUUCAGUCGCCUUCAGCAACUGCAUCAGCAUUUAUGAUCACCCGCAAUGCAAAGUGUCUUGCAUAUCUUCGAAAUGCCGUUCAAAGAUGCCCUAAUGGAGUGCCACAAAAGUACCCUCUCAAUGAAGAACUCAUAAAACUCUCCAUGGUUAAUGUAAUCGAGAAUAUCGGUUUGGGAGAGUUCUUUGGUAGUGAUAUUGAACAUGUUCUUCAACAAGUUUACAGGAGUUACGAGGAAGAAAAUAUAGAGAGAAUGCCUAUCAGUUACCUAGCAGAUAAACUGCACAAAGACUCUCUUGCAUUUCGGAUGUUAAGAAUGCGAGGUCACACCGUUUCACCGAGAAGCUUUUGCUGGUUCUUGAAUGAUCAGGAAACUCGAAAUCAUUUGGAAAGAAAUACAGACUCUUUGUUCCUCGUCAUCCUUAGUGUUAACAGAGCCACAGAUCUCAUGUUUCCAGGAGAGCAAGAGCUUGAAGAAGCAAGAGAGUAUACUCGGAAUCUACUUGAGCAAAGUCGGUCCAUCGAUGAACGAAUGAUUAAGCAUGAAUUAAGUACUCCAUGGAUAGCUCGACUCAGACAUCUUGAUCAUAGGAUGUGGAUUGAGGACAAAAACUCAAAUGUUCUCUCAGUUGGAAAAGCCUCCUUUUUAAGACUACAUAAUAGAUACAUCAACAAGCUGACUUAUCUUGCAACAAGAAACUUCUUAUUUCGACAAGCAAUGUAUAGACGCGAGCUAGAGGAAUUAACAAUAUGGGUAAAGAAAUGGGGACUUAAUGAUAUUGGUUUUGGUAGAGAGAAGACAACAUAUUGUUAUUUUGCAACUGCGACUUCAUUGCCCUUUGAAUCUGCCAUUAAAGUUGGAAAGCUUACAGCGAAGACUGCCAUCCUCAUCACAGUUGCCGACGAUUUGUUUGAUGAAGAAGGUUCUUUGGAUGAUUUGGAAGCUCUUACUAAAGCCGUUAUAAGGUGGGAUGGAGACGAGCUUGAAGGUUACGGCAAAAUCAUAUUUAGGGCACUUGAUGAGAUAGUAAGAGAGACUACAGAGGCUUGCCGUAAGCAACACGGAACAGACAUUACAGUUCAGCUUCGCAACAUCUGGGGUGAAACUUUUGAGGCAUGGCUACGUGAAGCCGUAUGGAGUAAGAAGGGACAUAUUCCAUCGAUGGAAGAAUAUCUUCACAGUGGAAUGAUCUCAAUUGCAGCACACACCAUGGCUCUUUCAGUUUCGUGUCUCAUGGAACCUUGUUUUCCUCAACAAAAACUCAACCCUGGAAAAUAUGAUACGUUAACCAUAUCGCUCAUGAUCAUACCUCGACUUUUAAAUGAUCUGCAAAGUUAUCAGAGGGAACAAGAACAAGGGAAGAUCAAUUCCGUGCUACUCCACAUGAGGAAUACUUCAGGUCUCGAUAUUGAAAACUCAAUCGCUCAUAUCGAAAAGAUAAUCGAUUCAAACAGGAAAGAGUUUCUGGAGCAUGUACUAAUGGAUGGACUAAGUGAUUUACCCAAACCGUGCAAAGAGAUUCACAUGUCUUGUUGCAAAGUCUUUGAGAUGUUUUUCAAUAAGAAAAAUCGUUAUGAUUCCGACACAGAGAUGCUUCAAGACAUUAAGAAGGCUUUCUACGAUCCCGUGAAUGUAAAUGAACUUUCAGAGAUCGAGCCUAAGCCACUGAUGGUACAUGGUGAUGACUUUAUGAUGCUUCCUCUGCUGAUGAACCUUUCACCAAAGAUUCUUGAAUUUAAGAGGAAGGACAAAUACGGGGCAGUGAAAACAUCCAUGUGCUUGGGAAGAACAUCUCAUGCUCAUAAACGCGGCAUUGCCUUACAGCCUCUCAAGAUCGUUGCCUCGCAGAGUAUAGUGGUUCCAAUGAUGCCAACAAAAUUCGCACCUUGCUUCUACUGAUUAAUAUCUCUAAUUAUCUCUGUAUGUUAUCUUAUAUUAUAUUGAUUUAGUGAAAAUAAUAUUUACGUGUCUAAUAGGUAAAAGUGUUCUCUUCUUGUCUAAAUUUUAAAGAAAUUGUAAGUGUGUGAUUGUGAAAGAUUUAGAAACUAUGCUGUUUUCAGAUAGAUUUGUGCUAGCUAUACGACUAGAAACACUGUUACAUUCUCACACUAUGUCACUCUUUAACUGUUCCAUUAUUGAUUCUUUCACGUGUCUUCUUCCAAGUCAGCAUAAGCAGCUCUGUUUCUCCUCAUACUCCAGGACCUAUCAAAGCAUAAGCUUCUCCGACAGCUGAUCAGCUCGACUCCAAUGGUGCAUGCUUCCACCGCUGUUGUGAAGAGAUAUAAUGGUUGAGAAGAGAGCUCUCUUUCUGGUAAUACCUCUCUAGCUAGUGGUGAUGGAGCUGAAAGAUCGAAACUUUGUACUGGGUUUCCUCUGUUUCCCUAUGAUUGGUUUGAUUACCUUUGUAACUUUUGUAUCAUUGAGGCAUAUAUAGAAAUAAUGGUUGAGUAGUUUAACUGUAUUUGUUACAAUCUCGGCCCUAAAGCUUAGUUCAGGACAAAUAUGUAGUGUAUGUUGACUGUGAAUAUCAACAUUUGUUUGAUAUCUGGUCUGCUUGUUCGCUCUGCUAUUGUCUUUCUCAAUUUUUUGACCCGUUCUGUUCUAUGUGUGUACGUAUGAUUAAAACGCAAUCGAAGCUCUUGAAGCCGUCUGUAUUAGUGAUCUGAGGUGGAGGGCUUUGGUUCACCUGCAUUAUUGUAUCUCGAGGCUAGUGGUGUUCGUAUGGUUUCAGACUUAUCGAUCAUGAUGUUGUUGUACUCAACAAUACGCAUAUGCAGGUACGAUUUUCUUUAGAUGUUUAUCAUUGAGCAGGUUUUAAGUAACACACAGGCUAAUAAAGUUGCAUCUUGUGCAGAUAAUCACUAUUCGGAAGGAACAUGAUGUUAGGAAGUUGAAUCUCAAAGCCAAGCACGAGGAGAAAAUGAGACAAGAUCAGAUUCCGUUCUUGUGGGCCCUCUCAGCCAGUCUCGUUCAUCUCUUCUCUUUUAUUAUGUUACUCGGUUUAUGAACUUAAUUGGCUGAUCCAGUUAAGUUUUUGUAACCUUACUUUGGGUUUUUCCAGUUAAGUUCUUAUUUCCAUUUGCAGCCACAUGUGAUGGACUGAAUAUCUAUUAAGAGUAAUCUAAACUUAAACUGUAUUUUGAUUAAUUAAUGAAAGUCACGUACAGGUGGGGUAUUUAUACAGUAUAUAGAAUGAGUAUAGUAACACCCUAUACUCAUAUACAGUAAGUAAGUAUACACACUAAUAUAUUUUGAUUAAUUAAUGAAAGUCAUGUACAUGUGGGGUAUUUAUACAGUAUAUAGAAUGAGUAUAGUAACACCCUAUACUCGUAUACAGUAAGUAAGUAUAUACACUAAUAAUUUCUAUGCUCAUUAUUGAACUCGGCUUUGAUUUUUCUUAUUUCACGAAAUGGAAUUUCUCAUUUAAAAAAAACCCAGCAACUAAAGUCCACAAAUCCACAGUUGUUGUCGGUAAGAGCAUCUCCAAUGGUGUUACCCACCAUUGGAGUCCUUAGCCAUAUUUUAAUAAUUUUUUUUUUUUCUGAAUAGUUAAGGACUUUGAUCCUAAUUAUAUGUCCAAUGGUGUUACUACUAUGAAGUCCUUAGAAUUUUUUUUUUUUUUAAGAAAUUAAAAAUUAUGAAAGUUGCAAAACAUUAAAAUUGAAAAUUCAUUUAUUGAAUGAUUAAAUGCAAACAUACAAUAAUUAUUCAUCUUCAUCAUUACCAAACUUGUUCCAAAUAUUUUCUACCAAAUCAUUUUUCAAUCGUUCAUGUAACUGCCUAUCACGAAGAUGAGUCCGUAUAAGAAGCAUAUUAGCGAGACUUGGAGGCAUCUCGGAAGUAUUGGGUGCAUCCACAUUCGAACUUCUGGUCGAGGUUCCUUCUUCAAAUUCAGAUGUAUCAUACUGAGUGUAUCCAUUGCGUUCAUUUUCUACUAUCAUAUUGUGAAGUAUGAUACAUGUUCGCAUAACCAUCCCUAUCUGUUUCUUGUCCCACAAAAUAGCCGGAUUUUUCACUAUUGCAAAUCGAGAUUGCAAUACUCCAAAAGCCCGCUCCACAUCUUUUCGGGUUGAUUCUUGAACUUUAGCAAAUAACUCUGCUUUAGGACCUUGAGGAAGUGAGAUAGAUUGGAUAAAUGUUGACCAUUUUGGAUAUAUACCGUCAGUGAGGUAGUACGCCAUAUCAUAUUGGUGUCCGUUGACCACGUAUUGUACCCUUGGAGCUCGACCUUGUAAAAUCUUCGAUCUACUUCAUCUCCCAUAUUUCACUAUCCUUUGUUAAAUCUGAAAAAGAAAGUUUGUUAAAACCAAAACCAUAAUUGUGCGUACACAUUAGGAGACAUAAAAACACAAAGUUUGAUAUAUGUCGACCGUUGACUCCCCAUGUUUUCAUAUCAACCUUAUAUAUCAGAAUCAUCUAAUUCUAGGUUGUCAAUCAUGAAAUAUUCGAUGGUGGAUUCAAGCCUCAUAAAGAUUUGAUACAAAGAAACGUUCAAGACUUAAUAUAAAAGACGCCAAUUCAGUCAAAUUGUUUAGUGAAUUGGUAUUUUGAGAAGCAACACAAAACUCUACUAUCAUACUGGCAACACAAACCAGUGACCAUACCUGCCGUGAGCAUACAAAUAUGAAGGGAAGGGUUGAUGAAACGCAGAUACUCGAAAUUAAAUUUCAUCAUAACAAGUUUAGGAUUCAUCACGAACCCGCGUUGCGGGUGCUCUAAUGGUCGGAUGGACUUUGAAAUAAAAAUGAUGCAAGUCUGAAAUAAGAACAGCUAAUGUCUUUUGUUUUAUUAGAGCAUUAUGUUACCUCCACUAAUUUAGCCUAAAACUCUUCCUCAGCCUCCGCUUUACUGAGAUUUUUCUCUCUUUCAAUCACCAUGGGGAAUUGCGUGUCUUUUCAAAUUUCUUGUGAUCAAACGAUGAAUCGUAUGUUAACAUUCUUAUUUAGUAAAGGUUAUAUUGAAAAGCUUGAGGAGAAUCUCAAUUAUCUGGUGAAGGAAAUGAAAUUUCUCAUGGCAGUUAAAGAUGAGGUGCUGAUCAAAGUUGGGAGGGAGCAAUGGCUACAUCAGCAAAGGCGUCCAACUGUCCAGGAAUGGCUUACACGUGUGGAUGACGCCUAUGCACGGUUCAAAAUUCUGGUUAGUACUAGUAGGGCUCAGCUUCAAAAUCCGCGUCUCUGUGGUUUAUGCUAAAAAAAUGUAUGUUUAAGCCAAAAAUGUGGAAGAAGUGUAUUCUUGUUGUUGGAAGAGGUCAAGAAACUCCGAUUAGAGGGUUAUUUUAAAGAGGUUACUGAGUUGCCUCCGAGACCUGAAGUCGUGAAGAGGCCAACCUGGGGUACGGUUGGUCAGGAGGAAAUGCUCGAGACGGCAUCGAAUCGACUUAUAGAUGAUAAUGUCGGAAUCAUGGGUCUGCACGGUAUGGGUGGUGUAGGGAAAACUACCCUUUUCAAGAAAAUCCACAAUAAGUUCACUGAAAUAUCUGGAAAGUUUCACAUUGUGAUAUGGAUUUUUGUGUCUCAAGGUGCAAAUAUUACAAAGGUUCAAGAAGAUAUUGCACAGAAGCUACACCUUUGUGGCGACGAAUGGACAAAGAAAAAUGAAAGUGACAAGGCCGCAGAAAUGCAAGAGGAUGUAUGUAAAGAGGAUGGAUGUAAAGUAGCAUUCACCACCCGUUCUGAGGAUGUAUGUAAGAGGAUGGGGGAUCAUGACCCCAUGCAAGUCAAAUGUUUGAAAGAAGAUCAAGCAUGGGAGUUAUUUAAACUCAAGGUAGGAGAUGAACAGUUAAGAAGAGAGCCCCGCAUUGACGUCCUCGCUAGAAAGGUUGCUGAAAAAUGUCAUGGUCUGCCACUAGCGCUCAGUGUCAUUGGGGAGACAAUGGCAUCAAAGACUACGGUACAAGAAUGGGAGGAUGCAGUCUAUGUUUUAAAUAGAGACGCUGCAGAAUUUUCUGACAUGGAAAAUGACAUUCUUCCAGUUCUGAAGUACAGCUACGAUAACUUGCUGGAUGACAAGGUCAGGUUAUGUUUCCUCUAUUGUGCUCUGUUUCCAGAAGAUGGUCAAAUAGACAAAGAAGGGUUGAUUGAGUACUGGAUAUGUGAAGGAUUCAUGGGGGAGUACCAAGUUUUAAAAAGAGCAAUUAAUAAGGGAUAUGGGGUAAGUCGGAUUACACCAAGUACCAAAAGUCAAAGAUUGGAAAGCUGUGAAAAGGAUAUCAUUAAUGGGUAAUAAGAUUGAAGAGAUGACUUGCAGUUCCAAGUGUUCUGAACUUACAACUCUGCUCCUCCAAUCCAAUAAAUUGGAGAUUCUCUCUGGUAAAAUAAUCCAAUAUAUGAAAAAGCUGGUUGUUUUGGAUUUAUCAAGUAAUAUCAACAUGAGUGGACUUCCAGGUCGGAUAUCGGAGCUGACCUCACUGCAGUAUCUUGACUUGUCUGAUACACGUGUAGAGCAACUGCCUGUUGGUUUCCAAGAGUUGAAAAAGCUAACUCACCUGAAUUUGGCUAGUACAAGCAGACUUUGUAGUAUCAGUGGGAUAUCAAAGCUGUCGAGUUCAAGAAUUUUGAAACUAUUUGGCUCUAACGUUCAAGGGGAUGUUAACUUAGUGAAGGAGCUGCAGCUUUUGGAGCAUCUACAAGUUCUAACCAUAGAUGUAUCUACAGAGUUGGGUUUGAAGCAAAUAUUAGGAGAUCAAAGGUUGGUGAACUGCAUCUACCGUCUGCAUAUUCAUGAUUUUCAAGAAAAGCCAUUUGAUCUGUCUUUGCUGGUCAGCAUGGAGAAUCUCCGAGAGCUCAGGGUAACAAGUAUGCAUGUCUCUUAUACGAAGUGCAGUGGUAGUGAGAUAGACUCGUCUGAUUUACACAAUCCAACACGUCCAUGCUUUACCAACCUCUCCAACGUAAAUAUAUUUGACUGCAGAAGCAUUAAGGAUCUGACUUGGCUUUUGUUUGCUCCAAAUCUUGUCAGACUAAGCAUUCAAUAUUCAGAUGAACUAGAAGAAGUUAUAAACAAAUAGAAAGCAACAAAGCUUACAAGUAUUUCACCCUUUGAGAAACUAGAAGAAUUAUACUUGGACAAGUUGCCUAGACUGGAGAGUAUCUACUGGAGUCAUCUUCCCUUUCCAUUUUUGAGGCUCACAGAGAUAAGAAACUGUCCAAAGCUGAGAAAGCUUCCCUUAAAUGCUACAAGUGUCUCACGAGUUGAGAAGCUUUCAAUAUCAGCACCAAUGAGUAAUUUUGAAUGGGAGGACGAAGAUACCUUAAACCGUUUUUUGCCUUCAAUCCUUAAGGUAACUAUUUCUCUUAUUCUCUUUCCGCUUUAGGUUAGCUUGAUGUAGGGGAUCAUCACUAGACUAAUAUGACCCAUUUUCUUUCAGAAUAUGUUGUGCCUUCAAUUUUAAUGUCACUAACUUUUGCUUAUGUUUCUGUUAGUCUUUAGCCCUAAACCUCCAUUACCCUGGACUGGGAUUGCUCACUGUCUGAUUGAGAAUUCACGCCUUCUUCUGAUGUCUUCUCUUUCUAUUUUUUAUGUGUUGUAUCAGUGCUUUUCCUUCUCAUACUUAUCUUUGUAUCAUUGUUUUUUCUUUACAUACUUAUCUCUGUUGUGGAGUGUGUUGUGUUGUUGUUGACUUGGAUUAUGUUUUCCAUAUUCCUAUUGUUUUACGUAAGAUGGAUUGUAUCUUUUUUAAACAAUGGUUUAUCCUUUUAGGAAAAAGAACCUUUACAGAGGAUUUUAUUUUGGAUUACGAUCAAACUAAAAGUCCACGCUUCAAUAUGUAAACACAACUCCCUAAUUCACCAAGCUCCAUGCAUGAGCAAUUGAAGAACCAAACCCAGAUCUGUCCCAUAUUGAAACAACCUGUCCCCCUGGUUGCUGUUUCCACAGCUUUGACAGACUCCUCCAUUGUCUGCACUGUUUUAUGUACAUAUACUGUCCCUUUCUUGUACUCUUUCUGAGCGUAACUGCAGUCUACAAGACCCUUCCCUUUCCUUCUCUAUUCCAUCAGCAGCCAUCGUAAGUUGUGCUUCCAAUCUCUUAUUCUUCUCCUUUGCAAGUUCCACAUUUUCUUUUUAACUCCAUUUAUAGAUAUCAUUGCAGUUCAGGUAUGAACUCAACAUCUACAAUCAAUGCCCUGAGAAAGUUGCUGUUGACAUGAAGCAAAAGUAAGCUGUCAGACUUGAGAAGUAAACUGUCAGACUUGAGAAUUAAGCUAGAGACUUAUAAGGUUUUAUAAGGCUUUAUAAGGUUUUAUAAGCUCAAGUAUUUUAUUGAAGGGAGAGAAGAAGAGAGAAGAAGACCGUUGAAAAUAUUUUAAAACAAUGAAUAUUUUAUUAUAUUGUGUAUUGAGGCAACUUGCCUUUAAAUACUUGUACUCAGAUCCACAAUUAAAUUAAGGAAAAUAUUUCCUCAUUAUCUCUAUCUCUCUAUCUCUCUCUCUCUCUCUCUCUCUCUCUCUCUCUCUCUCUCUCUCUCUAUCUCUCUCUCUCUCUCUCUCUCUCUCUCUCUCUCUCUCUCUCUCUCUCUCUCUCUCUCUCUCUCUCUCUCUCUCUCUCUCUCUCUCUCUCUCUCUCUCUCUCUCUCUCUCUCUCUCUCUUCUCUCUCUCUCUCUCUCUCUCUCUCUCUCUCUCUCUCUCUCUCUCUCUCUCUCUCUCUCUCUCUCUCUCUCUCUCUCUCUCUCUCUCUUUCUCUCUCUCAGAUUCAAACAUUACUCUCUCUCUUGUUCAUCAUGUUCUUCAUUUUCUUUCAUGGUAUCAGAGCAUUAAGCUCCUAUACCUCUUACUCGCUUCCGCAAACACUCUUAUUUUACUUUUCUCUUUUAUUCCAACCAUCUAAUUUCUCUGUUCUUGCAAGAAUCUGUCUUUGUCCACUGGAUAAUAGAUCUACUUUUGCUAGUGCUCAUUUCUCUGGUUCUGGUUCCAUAGUUACUUAACUCAAACCAAACUCAAAAAGAAGUGAUGGAGAAAUACAAGCCUGUUAUGAUUCUGGUUACUGUAAAAGGAGGUAACUACGUUACCUGGUCUAGAUUGGCCAAAACUGCUCUUGGAGGACGAGGUCUAUGGGAGCACAUCACCACGAGUGAGGCACCAAGAAAGAUCACCCAAUAAGCUGACGGCAAGAAGAUUGUAGUGGUGGAUGAAGGCAAAUGGGGUCAGGAGGAUCUCAUGGUGCUGUCUUCCUUGCAAGGCUUGCUUGAUACUCCAAUAAUGGAGGCUUACUCAUUGUGAGACCGCAAAGCAAUUGUGGGAAACUCUUCACAAGAUUUAUGGCAACACUUCAAACUUGACCAGUAUCUUUGAGGUGAAGAGAGUCAUAAAUAACUUGCAACAAGAGGAAAUGGACUUCACCAAGCAUCUUGGGAAGUAUAGCCAGUUGUGGUCUGAGCUUGACAUGCUCCGGCCAAGCACAAACGACCCCAACAUCAUUGAAGAAAGGCGUGAGCAAGAAAAAGUAUUUGGACUGCUUCUCACACUCAACCCGAGCUUCUAUGAUGUCCUUAAGCACAUAUUGAGAGCUAAGGAGCUCCCAAGCUAUGAUGAUGUGUGUGCUCAACUCCGAAAGGAACUCGGCUCAGAUGGUUUGCUUGGUGGGAAAGGAGAGCUAUCGAUGGCCAACAAGGUGGAGAAGGUGGAGAAUGCUGCAGCCAACAAAACCCACUUCAAGCCAAGAGGUGGUGGAGGAGAUAAACAAGUAACUUGUGAACAUUGUAAGAAUAUUGGUCACUCCAAAACCAACUGCUGGAUUCUCCAUCCUCACCUCAGGCCAGCUUCAUCCAACAAAUACAAUCAAGGCCGAGCUCAUGAAGCUAGAGCUCAAGAAGGUUCUCAGCCAAACUAUCCUACUAUGCGCAUGGGAGAAGAUGGGAGAGCCAUAACAGCAACUACUCGUGUGGUUGGAUCAGGGUCUCAACCCACUUCUCAGUCAUCCCAUGAGGAUACUUUCAUCCGCAAGUCUGACCUUGAGGCUCUUAUAAAGGCCCUCAAUGCCAACUCUGAUAACCUUAGUAGUUAUGCUUUAAACUCUAUUAUGAAUGCAUCUGAAACCACUAGACCCUUGAUAAUUGACUCAGGAGCUUCACAUCAUAUGAUUAGGGAUGUAAACCUCAUUACCAAUGUCAAACCGGCUCUAGGGAGUGUUCUAAUUGCAAAUGGAGAUAGUAUACCUAUUACUGGAGUAGGAAACAUAGGUAGGAGUACAAAAAAAAAGAAGUAUAGUAUAUUUUUAGUAAUUUCAUUAAUAUAACUAGGUAAGGAACCCGUGCGAUAUCGCACGGAAACUCAUUUUAUAAAAAUAAAUAUGCUAUAUUUUAUAAUAUAGAUUUUUAUAAAAAAAUAUUCUUACAAUUUAUUUUGAGGAAAUACAUGUCUUAGCAUGAAACUAUCUUCUCUUUUAUUAAUAAUACUAAAAAUCUACAUUUUGUUUAUAGGUUUGGUUGUAAUAAAUUCAUAAAUAUUUUGAAUAAACUUUAUUUUGAAAACGAAAAGACACAUAUUUUUAAUUCCUUAAAAAUAUAAUAAAAAUAAUAUUCACAUGAUAAAAUUAACAUCACAAAAAUUAUGCAGUUUAUAAGAAUAAAAGACACACCCUUGGACAUUUUUAGUAAAUUUAUCAUUAUUGCUUAUUAUUAUGCACUUUUGAUUUUAGAAUAUGUUAACAUAAUAAAAUUUAUUUGAUAAAAUAUGUCUUUAUCAGUGAGUUUAAAACAUAUUACAGUUUAGUUAAGAAAAAAAUAAAGGCACACUCAUAUAAAAUAUUAAUUUUCUCUAAAAUAUAAUUUAAACUGAAAAUAUAUUAACUUUUUUCAAAAGGAUUCACUUUUAAAACAUUUUAGUAUUCUUAAAGAAUGCAUCUACUCAACAGAAAAAAAUAAUAAACAAAUGAAUACUUUCAUGAAAACUAAAAUAAAAAUUAAUUAAACUGAGAAAACUGAGAAAACUAAGGAUUAUAUAAAUAAAUACUCUUGCACUAUUCAAUUGUUACGUAAAACAUACAACAACUUAAAAAUAUAACCAAUUGGUAAAGGCACACACACUGACGUUUCCAUGCAUGUUUAAAGUUAUUAUAAUGAACUCAUUUUAUUAAAAAUGUAUGCCCUUUUUCAUUUAUAAUAUUGCUUUAAAUUUCUGAAAGAAAUUUUGUAAAACACUAACACAAACUAUGGAACAUCAAAUUAAUUAAAUUGAUAAAUUAUGGAUUUACCUUUUUGAAACCAUUAACAGCUUUUAUUAGAUUUUCAAAUAGUAUUUUUGAAGUAAAGGUGGUAUUUAGAUAUAAACACUCUAAAAAAUUAUUGGUUCCUCAAACAAAAUUUCUCACCUUAGGCUAAGAUAUUAGAAUAACAGAAAAAAAAAUUUCAUGUGUUUAUAUGUUUCUUCAAAGAUUUUCGAUGAUUUUUAAACAAUAAAUCUUUUUUCUAAUCUAUUUAUGAUUGUUGUGUUUUUUUUGUUGUGAUUUGUCAAUGUCCACAACUCUUUAUAUAAAGGACUAAGAGUUGCAAUGGUUGUUAACACGGUAAGUUGCAAUGAUUUAUCACCAAAGACUAAAGUCAGCUACGAUUGCAAUAGUUUAUCACUCAAGAUUGUAAUGGUUGAUCACUAAAAAUUACAUUCACCAAAAGUUGCAAUGUUUCAUUUAAUUAGUUAUAAUUGUUUCACCAAAAAUUGCAUUGAUUCACUUAAACUGUUACAAAUUUUUAUUUAAUCGCCAAUAAUUCUUCUAUUUAUGUUUAAUAGAGGUUAUGGAACUCAUGUAUAAAGGAAAGUAUUUAACCAAUACAAUUAUUAGGAUGAAAAGACACAUAUUUAAACAUUUUGACAAUUUGUAUUAAACUCAUACAAUUCUUAAGAUGAAGAAACACAUUGUUAAAAUGAAAAUACACAUUUUUAGAUGUGCAAUUCUUAAGAUGAUAAGAUUUGUGCAUAUAUAAGAACAAAACUAUAAACAUUUUCCCAACCGCUUGAAUAUCAAAAGAAUUUUAUAAAUAACUUCGAAAGAACCUAUAUAAUUUAUAGAACGAUAAAACAUAUUUUUAGACAUUUUAAACUUUCUAAAACCAAUGCUUUCUUACAGUGACAAGACAUAUCAUUACAUAGUUUUACAGUUUACUAAUUAAAUAAAAUAUUUAUAAAGAAAACUUAAAAAAUAUUACAACCCACAAUGUAAAAUUUUUCUUUUUUUACCAUACGUGAUACACUUGGAAACAUUUAUAUAUUUCAACUAAGAAUAAAUCAAUAUGUUCUAUUUUUUGGAAAAUCUUAUCGUAUAUAGGUUUAUGGAAUUUCAAUUAAGUAUAUUUUGGCUGUUAAUCAAUAUAUUAUGUCUCAAACUUCUCCCAAAAGAAUGAAUUACCAAAACAAUAGGAUAUCAUCAUUUCGUUGAAAUAAUGUGUGUAGUUGUAGAUGACCCUAACCAGUCUCUGCAGUAUUAAAUAUAUAUCUUGACAAUUACAACAAAUAAAAAACAAAUCAACUUAUAAGUUAUAACACUUACAAAGUCGAACAUGUGAUCAUAGACAGACUCAUAAUUUGCUUCUUGCGUAUACACGUAGGUAUAUGCGUUCAUCCCACUAAACAUUAUUCAAAUUAGAAUAACAAUACGAUUUUGAACCUUGUUUUUACGUUAUGUGAUUAUGUCUAAUGGUAACGUUACCAUUAUCUAUAUAUAUAUAAAAUAGUAAACCCGCAUUGAUGUUAGCAAUUUUUUAUAGGAAAAUAAAAACAAGAUAACGUUUAAGAUGAGCUCCCUGUGCAUAGGAUUUGUGCUCAGGUUUGUACUGUUUACAAUUUGAGAAUAAUAAAAGGAAAGUAUAAUUCAGAGAUAUACAUCCACGGCUCCAUCGGACUCUCCUUCUCCCUUAUUGGUCUUCUUCUCGGCUACCUUUCCAAAAUACUGAUCAUCAAAUUUAUCGAGGCUAACAUCAGAGACUUUCAGUUUCUGGCAAUCAUUGAUCUUGAAGGGACAAUUUCAAAAAUAGGAACAUAUCAGGUGACACAAGUAAUUGAUGCUUAAGAUGGAUAAUAGAACGUGGCAGAAUUAGAAAAACUCACCGGUCACAAAAAAGAAAAACAGAGGGUAGUUGGUUAAAAAAAAAAAAGGAUGAUCGGCACUGUCCCAGGGGUGAUGCUGGAUCUGUAAUAUAAUCACAUUCACAAGAAAAAGCCUACUCGGACUACAGCUAUAAAUAUUCAAUAGAUAUCUAGAUUCUUUUGCCAUAUGGAACCAGCCUAAUCAGACAAAUAACAUGUAACCGAAGUUGAGAACAUGCAAGAGAUUAAAAAGAACAUAUAUGUGAAAUAAGGAAUGGAUAAUUAGUUUGAACCAGUUAAACAGUCUUAUCCUGUGCAUACAUCUACCAUCUAUGCAAUCUAUUCACUGACAUCUAAAAACAUCACAUCUCUACGUUCGGAAACUUUGUUAAAUCAAACUUUUUGUUAAAGCAAACAGAUUUUCAACGGCGAGAGAGGAAUAUGAUUAGAGAAAGACAUACACUGACGUCUGCUCCGGUAGCUUCCGACCCAAGAAACAGCGAAGCUUUAACAGACGAAACUUUCGAAUUGGCGUCGUAGCUGAGCCUCAACAUCAGACCAGAUGACAUGAUCUAUCUAUCCUCUGUAUCUUAUUUUCUGAACUUUUAGCUUUUCAAUUCCGUCCAUGGCAGAGUUGUCACCGCCACAACUUUCUUCUUACUUCUUACUCUUCUCUCUGAUCAACUUUAUAACGUCGGUUUCUCGUCAUCAACGGAGACGGCGGCGGUAGUUUAGAUUCGCGGCGAGAUCUAUUAGAAAUCAAUUGUAGCCGUUGAAUUGGCAGGUUAGAGCAGAUCAUGACGAUGAACCAAAACUUUUCCUUUGGGACUUGGAUUGAGAAGCGUUCUCAGAAAAAAACAACGGCUCAAACCAGUUCUUCAAUCUAUUAAUCAGUUUAAAAGGUGUGUCGUUUCAUUAUCAAAAGAGGUCACUGUAAAAAGGUGCGUCGAUCAGAGAAGAGGUGCGUCGAUCUGUUGAAACAAUUAGAUGACGUAAGAUUUUGUGAUUAAAAUAAAUCAUGUCCGUUAGAUUAAAAGUAAGGAUAAACUCAAACGUUAGAUCAAACUUUUUUUUUCCACUAUAUUUUUAGUAAACCCGCAUUGAUGUUAGCAAUUUUUUAUAGGAAAAUAAAAACAAGAUCGUACGGUGGAGAUUGCUGCUGUUAUCAAUACUAAUGCAAACAGUAUCUCUUUCGUUUCUUUUUUUCUGAAUCGUCACUUCUCAAAAGACAUAACUUUUCAGAAUAAAAUCCUUGAACAAAUUUAGAUAUCGUUUCUUCAUCAUCAUUGUACUUAUUUUUCUUUCUGUUUCAUCUUCCUUUCUUCAAAUUUUCUCAGUUGCUAUGUAGGUUUUUGUAUAAUGGAAUUCCCUUAUCCAAUUCAACCACCAAUAAACCGAACUGAGUUUUUGUUCCUCUGCUGUUGAUCUCUAUCUGAACUUUUUACUGCUCUCGAUUUUUUUCUUAUCCUCUUUUUUUUUUUCUGAUAACUGCCACUUGUUUCUGUCUCCCCAACCCACUGAUCUCUUCUGGUAAUGAUUUCCAUCCAUAAGUUCAGACCGGACAAUAGGAGGAGAUUCAUUGAUCAAUGUGUUUCCUUCUCACCAAACAAUUACGGUUUCGACUCGCCUUUAGGACCAGAUUAAUAGGGUAAGUUCCUCUUUCUUUUCGUAUCAUCUGUACAUGCGAGAAAAUCAGUCACAGUGAUAUUUAAUUAGGUAGGAGAAUUUUGUUCUGGUGUAAUAGAUUUUGUUUGGAAGAUUAUAACCUUCCAGGCAUGGGAGAUCUCUUUUGUUCGUCUGUAAUACUCUUGACAGUAGCGCUAUCGUUUGUCCAAAUCAUGUAUUUUCUU